CUUGUUGGCUGGCAGGUGGUGGUUGCUCAUAAAACCUUGCGCCGUGACACUUUGCUAUCAAAUUCGAACGAAGAAAAGCGCGGGUUGGAAGUAUUGGUUUGCUAGGGUUUCUACUUACUCCAAUGGCCACAACUACAGAAGCUAAUGAUGAAGCUUCAAGAAGCACCACCACCAAGAUUGUUGAUGCUUCGCUUUGGUGGGACCCCUUCCCUCAGUUGCUCGCUGAACUCGAAUCUGUUUCUCCCUCCUCUGACCUCCCUCCUCCUCUGGGGAAGAAGAUAAAGGAAAACCAUGCAUGGUUUCUGGACACAGUUUCACUAUUUAAGCCACCUAACCUGAAAUCAAGGGAGGCUUUAAAUGCCAGCCGACUGAAGAUUGGUCUACACCAGAUUACUGUAGAAACUGAUAAAAAAGAAGCAGCCAUGAAAAUUAGUUCUGCUUUGUGUUUGGAUGAGGUGCAGUCAUAUAUUCUUGUUGAUAGAACCAUUGAUCAAAAAUGUAUCGUUGCUGAUGGUGUAUUUCGCGAGCUUCCUCAUUUGGCUAUGCUUCAGUAUUAUUUGGAACGACAAUGUUUAAUGAAGUGCACACGUCAUAUAGUUAUGCAAGCUUUAUAUAUCGCGACAAGAUCUCAAGAUGCGUUUAUUGUAGAUGAGGCACAGAAAUUGAUUUCUGAUGGACUGGACAGGAAAUUCUUUUCUGUCCUGCAGGAGAAUCUACACUCUAACUUUCCUGAGAACAUGGAUGUUGACCUUUAUACUUUGUGGGCUGAAGAAAUAGUAACUGAAGACAAUCUUGUACUGGAUGUUCUUUUCCUCAUAUUUUACGAGUUCUGCCCCUGCACGGGUGAACUGUGGAAAAAAUUGUGCUUACUUUAUGAGGGAUUCAUUUCAAAUUCUUAUAAUUUUGGGAGGUUGGCUGUAUCUGCUGAAGCAGUUUCCUCUAUUAAUCAUGCCAAACUGCAGCUGCUGCUUAUCCUCAUAGAAACUUUGGAUUUGGAAAAUCUUUUGCAGAUGGUUCAUGAUGAAACUCCGUUCAGGCAUGGUUAUGUUACUUUUUCUUUGUCGGAGGUGGAAGAAAUUGAUGCUAUGGUGUCCACUUUUGAUGUUUUCGAAAACAAAGAAUCGGGACCAUUGGUUUUGGCAUGGGCAGUGUUUCUCUGUCUAAUUUCAUCUCUUCCAGGAAAAGAAGAAAACAGUAUACUGAUGGAGAUCGAUCAUAUUGGUUAUGUCCGCCAAGCUUUUGAAGCUGGAUCAUUGAGUUCUUUUCUUGAAAUUAUUGAAAAUGAUAUACUGAGGGAUUUUGAUGGCCCUAUUACUGGUUUUAGAAGUGUUUUGCGGACAUUUUUAUCAGCAUUUAUUGCAUCUUAUGAGAUCAAUCUCCAGCUGGAGGAUGGUAACCUGAAAUUGAUUUUGGAUAUUCUUUGCAAAAUUUAUCAAGGAGAGGAGUCCCUUUGUACUCAGUUUUGGGAUAGGGAAAGUUUUGUCGAUGGUCCUAUCAGGUGCCUUCUUUGCAGCUUGGAGGGUGAAUUCCCAUUUAGAACUGCUGAACUUUUACAGUUGUUAACUGCACUUUGUGAAGGAGCGUGGCCUGCGGAAUGUGUAUUUAAUUUUCUAGACAAGUCCACUGGAUUGUCGUCUCCUGUUGACAUCAGUAGCUGUGCAAUUGUGAAUGAUGCUUCUCAGACUGUUAUGGUGGUCCAACCAUUACAUCUUCCUGGUAUUGAGGGGCUGGUCAUUCCUAGUGGAACCAGUGGCCAUCUGUUAAAGAUGAUUGAUAGGGAUAUUGCUCUAGUCAGAUGGGAGUUCCCGCAAUCUGGGAUAGUAGUGCUGCUUUUGCGUUUGGCCCAAGGGCUGUACAUGGAGAAAACCAGUGAAAUUGUUAUGACUCUUGGAUUUCUCAGCCGGCUUGUGACUUUCAACAUGGGUGUUUGCUAUUCUCUUCUGGACCUUGGUGGCUAUAUGCACGAUGAAAUGAAUUCACCAACAGAACACCUGCGUAUUAAUGUGGCUGAAAUCGUUUGUGCUUUUAUCAAGAAUCUGUCUCCUGAUUGCUCUGGUGUGGCGUUGAUGUCAAUGGGAGUUAAGAUUUUAGCAAAGAUGUUAAAAUGCUCACCAUAUCAUGUUUCAAGGUUGAUAGUCCAGGCAAAUAUCUUUGAUGUUGCUUUUAAGACGAAUCCCUUCAAAGUUGACUCCAAUGGCUUAUCGAGUGGAUCGUGGUUGCUUUCUGGCCGGCUCGCGAAAAUGCUUUUGAUCGACUGUGAGCAGAAUGAUUGUCAAUUGAUACUUUCAGUGCUUGACUUCACGAUGCAGCUUAUGGAUUCUGGAAUGGAAAAUGAUGUUGUCCUUGCACUAGUCAUUUUCUCCAUUCAGUAUGUCCUUGUUAAUCAUGAAUUCUGGAAUUAUAAAAACAAGCACACUCGGUGGAAGGUGACACUGAAGGUGCUUGAAGUCUUGAAGAAAUGCAUUUUUUCCAUUUCAUAUAUCCAGAAACUUGGCGAAGUGGUCAAGGAUAUUUUAUUUGGUGAUUCUUCAAUCCACAAUGCACUCUUUCGACUUGUUUGCACAACUUCAGAUGUCCUGGAGAAGCUCUAUUUUAGCCGGCUUUAUGGACUGACAGAUAUUGAAGGAUUACAGCAGGCUAUUGUCUUGGGAUUGGAUAUUCUUUCCAGUAUGCUUUCUGAUUUUUCAAGGGUUGUGCCUACUUUCACUGUCUUUUGUCAAGCAGUCAUGUCACUGACGGCAAAACCAGUGCCUGUGGUUACUGCUGUGAUAUCACUGAUGUCAUUCUUCCGAAAUCCUAAGAUACAGGUGGGUGCAGCAAGACUGCUUUCCAGGUUGUUUAUUAUUAGAGACGACUCACAAUCAUAUGCACUUAGCAGUGUAUGUUUCGGUCUGGAUGACAAGCAGAUCUAUAAUUUUAAAAAUACCAUUUGUAGCAUUCUUUGUCAAGAGAAAGUAGAAAGUGGGGAUCUCAUAAUUGCUACUUUCAAGAUGCUUACUUCUGCUGCACGCUAUCAGGCUUCUUUUCUUACCGCUGUGAUCGCUUUGGAAGAAAAUCCAAUUUCUGAAUCAUGCAAGGGUGACAAUCAUCCAGCCAACAAUAAUGCAUUACAGUGCAAUGCUGCAAACAUAUUAGAUUGCAUAUGGAUUUAUGUUAAAAGAUCUGAUGAUCUUGUGAUGACCAAAUCGCGUAUAAUGUGUAAUGUGCUAAACUUCCUAAAAGCAUUAUGGCAAGGAGCUGCUCAUUAUACAAGUCUUCUGAAGCAGCUGAGAAAUUCAGACUUCUGGGAAAAGCUACUGAGUUCUGCCGUGCUCUCCAUAAGUAAGAAGAGUUGCCAAUCUGAAAGCACGACCGAAUUGGAGCUCCAAAAUCUGGCAUACAAAUAUCAGUGUCAACAUAAUGUAUUGGAUGUGGUGGCCUGUGAAAUGAUCCUGCAGAAAAAGAUUUUACAUUCUGAGUUGGUCACAAAAGAAUCUUCUAAAUGUUUACAUAAUGGGUCAGAUGGCUGUAAAGUAGCAACAGCUGAAAGUUCAUGUAACCUGAAGGAAAUUUUAGGAGCGUGGUGUGGGAGCUCAUUGGAUGCGGAGACUAUCAAGACAUUUGUUUCAUUUGAGUAUGAUGAUUCUGUAAAGCUGCGUGCAAGGGUUGCUGCUGGUCUGUUUGCUGUGCGCAUCAUGUGUAAAGUAAAAGGUGGUGAUAGAGGAAGUUUGUCUGUUUCACUUGUUGAUAAAAUUACUAACCUGUGGCAAAAGUUGAGGAAGUUGCCAGCCUUUUCUGAGUUGAUGGCUAUUUAUACGAAGCAUGGUUACCGUGAAGGAAAUGAACUGGACGACUUAAUUCUCAAUGAUUUAUUCUAUCAUCUGCAAGGAGAGCUUGAAGGUAGACAGAUUUCCCACAUGUCAUUCAAGGAGCUGUCACAAUAUCUGCUACAGUCAAAUUUCUUGCAAACAUAUCAGCGUAAGCACCAUGAGGACAUUUUCCCUCAAACUGAUGGUGUCUGCUUAUAUGACACUGACCGUCUGCAAGGGGACAUGGCUAUUGAUUUGUGGGAUCUUUCGGAUUGGAAAGCAUCUAAAGCGGUUGCAGAAAUGCUGUUGCUCUCUUUGCAGAAUGUUAAUGUCAUGGUGUCACUCACAACAUCCAAGCUUUCAGCUUUAAUAGCUUUGGCAACUACUUUCUCCAUAUCUGACAAUGAUAAUGUGAGUUUUGAGUCACUUGAUAAUGAAGUUAGGAGUGGCAGAAAAAUUCCUGAAAAAUCAUUGUCAUCUAGCAUUGAUAAUAUAUGCCAGUCUCUCCACCGCACAAUCGAGCUAUUACCUCCUGUUUCUGAUGCUAGUGAAGACAUAGUUAAUAUUCUUGCAGCUCAAGCAGAGUUGCUUUUCCACUUUACCAGGUCUCCGAGUACACAUUUAUCUUUAUCGACAUGCCUUCUGAUAUUAAAAACAUCAGGUUGUGGCCUCAAGGUGUUGUGUAACUGUAGGCCAUUGGUUACUGGUGUCUUGUUUCCAAUGAAGAUAUUUUUGAUGCUAGUUCUCUUUUCACUCAAAUCAAGUCGGAGAGGUUCUCACCUUGGAGUACAAACAAAAAUUGAGCAUAAUGAAGCCUUAGCUGAGGCAGCUAAUGUGAGCUUGGGGCUACUACCGCUGAUUUGCAGCUGUAUUGAACUUACUGAACAUUGUUCCCUCUCUGUGAUUAUUACCGAUCAAAUAAUCAAAGGUUUUUCAACAGUUGCUACUUGGUUCCCCAUAAUUCAAAAACAUCUCCCAAUGCAGCGUAUUGUUCUUAAACUUCAAGAUAAAAGCUCCUAUUCAAACAUUGGCAUUAUAUUGAAGUUUCUUUUGACUAUUGCACAUGUGAAGGAAGGUGCUGAGAUGCUUGUAAAAACUGGUUUCUUUGCAUCUUUAAGUGUGUUGUUGGCUGACCUAUCUAACGGUAGACCUCUCUCAGUAGUUGAGAGGGAGAGAAAUCUGGCAGACACCUUUGAGAAUAAUGAAAGGGCUCAACCCAUUUGGGGACUUAGCUUGGCUGUGGUUACAGCAAUUAUUAACUCUUUAGGAGAAAGUUCGAUUUUCAAUGUGGAACACGUGGUGACUUACUUCCUCUUGGAGAAGGCUGAUCUAAUUUCAUAUUAUCUAAGUGCUCCGGAUUUUCCACCAGAUGAUCAUGAUAAGAAAAGACUUCGGGCACUCAAACCACAUACUUCAUUGAGUGCUCUUAGAGAGAUUGAAAAUACAGUUAUGUUAAUCUGUGUUCUGGCAAAGCAUAGGAAUACCUGGUCAAGGGCCAUAAAAGAAAUGGAGUCACAGUUAAGGGAAAGAUGCAUACAUUUAUUGGCCUUUAUUAGCUGCGGUACACCACGUCAUGGGGAAUCACAAGGAAGAGUUCCCCCCAUCUUUUGUCAUCCUACCCUUAGGGAGGAGUACGAGUGGCACAAAAAGCCAUCAUCUAUCAAUAGCAAAAAUGGCUGGUUUGCUUUUUCUGCAUAUUGCUGCAGUCUAAAUCCCAAAUAUUCAUCUUUUUCGCCUAGAACUGGUACUGUGAUCAAAGAUCAACCAAAUGAGCAUGUUAACCUGACUUCGCAGACACACUUUUCAGAUGCAAUGUCUGUUCAGAUAUACAGAAUUACCUCUCUUCUCCUUAAGUUUUUGUGUCAACAAGCUGAAGAUGCUGCUGCAAGGGCUGAAGAAGUGGGUUUUGUCGAUCUUUCUCAUUUUCCUGAGCUACCAAUGCCUGAUAUCCUUCACUGCUUGCAGGAUCAAGGAAUAUCUAUUGUCACUGAGUUGUGCGAAGUCAACAAGUUGAAGCAGGUUUCUUCUGAAAUACAAGGGGUCUGUGUUUUGCUGUUGCAAAUUACUGUUAUGGCAUUGUACCUGGAAUUUUGUGUUAUCCAAAUCUGUGGAAUGAGACCUGUGCAUGGACAUGUUGAGUACUUCUCCAAGGAAUUUUAUGCUCUGACAAAAGCUAUGGAAGGAAAUGCAUUUUUGAAAGAAUCUAUGAACUCCUUGAAGCAAAUGGUGUCUUUUGUGUAUCCUGAAUUAUUGCAGGCAGAAGAUGUAAUAUGAAAUUUAGGUCGUCUUUGAGCCCUUGGGUAGGUGAAUCUCAUAAUAUUGUUGAUAAUUAGUUGAUUUCUUUUUGCCUCUUGAUGUGCAUUUUCUUGCUUCAUAUUAUGUGAAGCCUUUUGUCCCAAAAAUGGUUACUGGGGCAGGAAAGUUGGGGUAUAGGCUGCGAUGCGAUUGUUGACAAUGAUGAAGAGGUUAUGAUUUCAGUUUGAUAUUUGAGAGUUCAAACCAAUGUAUGGGAAAGGAAAGAGUGGAAGUAUCCCCCAUCCUAGAUAUUAUUUUGUUAGGAUACAUUUGCUGAAGAACAUUUUGCAGAAAACGAUCGUAUAUGUAUAUUGCUAUAAUUCAAGUGUAAUGUUGGCAGCACAGAUAGAAGGGGCUGCAGAAACCAGUCCAAGUAUAUCUUGACUUUGUAUGGUUUGCUGUAGCUUCUGUUGAAUCUAUAUAUUUAUCUUUAUAAGAUGACCUGACAUUUUUCAUUGACGAAA